CCAGUGAACGUAAUGACUUUCAGUCACCACUUCGAAGUCCUUUGUAAUCUAUGGGAUUGUAAUUGCAACACUGACUAAAGACAUCCGAAGGCCACAGAAAGUUUUAUUUAUUGAAAGUCGGGAAAGUUUGGUCACAAUGACCUCAAGUUCAACAGAGAGCGCAGGGAAGAAUCUUCAGUACAGAGUUGACCAUCUUCUGAGCGCGGUGGAGCAUGAGCUGCAAGCUGGCAGCGAGAAAGGAGAUCCGACGGAAAGAGAUCUUAAAGUUAGUUUGGACGAAAAUGAACUAUGGCUCAAGUUCAAAGAACUCACUAACGAGAUGAUAGUAACCAAAAACGGAAGGAGGAUGUUUCCCGUGCUGAAGGUGAAUGUGUCGGGUCUGGACCCCAAUGCUAUGUAUUCUUUCCUGCUGGACUUUGUGGCUGCAGACAACCACCGAUGGAAAUACGUGAAUGGGGAGUGGGUUCCUGGGGGGAAGCCAGAGCCGCAGGCUCCCAGCUGUGUCUACAUCCACCCAGACUCCCCCAACUUCGGGGCACACUGGAUGAAAGCUCCUGUCUCCUUCAGUAAAGUCAAGCUGACAAACAAACUCAAUGGAGGUGGACAAAUAAUGCUAAACUCUCUCCACAAGUAUGAGCCCAGGAUUCACAUCGUUAGAGUCGGAGGGCCCCAGCGCAUGAUCACCAGUCACUCCUUCCCGGAAACCCAGUUCAUUGCAGUAACAGCGUACCAGAAUGAAGAGAUCACGUCUCUCAAAAUUAAAUACAACCCAUUUGCAAAGGCUUUCCUGGAUGCAAAAGAACGGAGUGAUCACAAAGAUAUUCUGGAUGAUGUUGGGGACAAUCAGCAGUCAGGAUAUUCACAAAUAGGUGGGUGGUUCAUUCCAGGAACAGGAUCUCUGUGCCCCCCGGCGAACCCUCACCCACAGUUUGGAAACCCGCUCACCCUGUCCUCCCCACAUGGCUGCGAUCGUUAUUCCACCCUGAGGAAUCACCGCUCGGCCCCGUACCCCAGCCCCUACGCUCACCGCAACAACUCCCCCACAGGCUACACAGACAACUCCUCGGCCUGUCUCUCCAUGCUUCCAGCCCAUGACAACUGGUCCGGCCUCCAGGUGCCCACUCACUCCAGCAUGCUGCCUAUGGCCCACAGUACCAGCCCUUCUACCAGUUCCAGCCAGUAUCCCAGUCUGUGGUCGGUCAGUAACAGCACCAUCACCCCGGUGUCCCAGCCCGGAAACAUGUCCAACGGGCUGGGCUCCCAGUUCCUCCGCGGCUCAACGGCACACUAUCCGUCUCUCUCCCACCCUGUCGCAGCGCCCUCUGCUGGCUCACCUCUGUAUGACAGCGCGGCCCCCGCGGAGGUGCACGACCCUCAGUACGACACCUCGCCACACGCCCGGCUACCCCCUUCGUGGGCCUCUGUCACUCCGCCCUCGCUGUAGCCCAGUGGCCUCGGGCGCGUCGCUCGGCUCCCUUCCACAGCCACAAUCCAACACUUUUUUUUUUUUUACAGCUGCAUCAACAAGUGAGUUUUUUUAUUCAAAUUCACAUCAGGCUUGAGGCAAAUGAUCAUCCCAUAAAGGGAAAAUAGUGCAACAUAUUAUGCUCUUAGUUUAAAUUAUUUAAUAUGAAACAUUUAUGCAAGUGAUAGAAAUGUGUAAAUAGUCUGUGUAUUAUUAAAAAAAUAAUUUCACUGUAUGAAGACGGGGACGAAUUAAAUCGCAUCUAUGAUGCAGUUUGUUUGGUUUCAAGCACAGGCAUGCUUCUGGACUACACAAAUGUGCUGCCUCUUUUCUACUGUGGCAUGAUAUUACCUGUAGCUUUCCCUCUCUGCGUAGUGAACGCCUAACAGAUGAGACAGACCAAACAGCCGUGUCUGUCUUGUGUGUCUUGUGUGGUGUAGAAACAGAAAUAUCUGCUAGGAGCACCUUGAGAAAACUGCUAAUGUCUAAAUGGAAUGGAGAUUUUUCCUUUUAAACUUUUCAUACUUAAAGAAUUUGCCUUUUUUUAACUAAAAGUUUAGGACGUCUUUACAAGCCUCGAUGUGGCAAUUUUUGUGUUCUUGGGUAUUUUUUUCCUUGUGUGCAAACUGUAUAUACUUUUCAUUCUCUUGUCUAUAUUGUAAAUACUGAUAAAAUUGUGUUUAUUAUUGUUACCUCACAUCUGGGGUUCACCGUGUAAAUGUCCUAUAUUUGAAACUGGAGUUUGA